GAAAAAGAAGUAUCUUUCUUACCGAAGCCCAAGAUGCCGAAAGUCAGCUGCUUCCGCGCAAUCUGUGAGUACUAGCUUUAAGUCAAGCGUCUAGCGUCCAGCACAGAAGAAGACUGUUUCUGUUAGACAAUCAAGUCGAAUAGUUCCCGAGACGAAGAAGAGAAAACAUUCCCCAAAGGUGCAAACAAGGAGCAACAAAUAAAUACGUCAAAAACAUGGAAACCGAUCGAAUACGUCUCGGCGACAGAGAUCGCAUACCGGCCCGCUUGGUGCUGUACUUCCUGUCCUGGUCCGGCUUUCUCGUGUCGUUCGUGAUGCGCAACGACAUCAAUUUUGCGCUGGUAGCAAUGGUGCAGGACCCUAGCUCCAACUCCACCGGAAGCGACCACUGCGCCUCUCCGUCGAUAGUUGUUUCCAGUACGCAAGAUAACUUUACGACGCUGAUGAACAUGACGCUCGAUGACGGAGAAGGGCUCGAUCUGCUGGCGGUCGAUGGCGAGAUCAAGUUUAACUGGGACUCGACGGUGCAGGCCGUGAUCAAGUCGUCGUUCUACUGGUGCUACGUGCUAUCGCAGGUGGUCGGCGGGGUCGCGACCCAGUACUUCGGCACGAAGUGUGUGUUCGGUUGGUCGCAAUUCCUGACAGCGGCCUGCAGCUUGCUGAUACCGGCGGCCGCCGACGUACACUACGGUGCCGUGAUUCUGCUGCGCUCGGUGCAGGGCUUCGCCAGUGGGCUCACUUGGCCCGCAAUGUACGCCAUCGUCGGGUACUGGAUUCCGCCGGUCGAGCGUAGUCGCUUCAUGAGCAGCUUCCAGGGCUUCAGCAUCGGCAUCGGGUUGACGUACCCACUGUGCGGUUUCAUCAUAGCGCACUUUGGCUGGCGGGAGGUGUUCUACACCACCGGUACGAUCGGUAUGGUGUGGUGCAUUUUCUGGUACCUGCUGGCGUACAAUACACCGCAGGAGCAUCCGCGGAUCACGGCCGAGGAGCUCGAGUACAUCGAGCUGAACGUCAGCGAGGACAUCAAGAAUGGGCAGGGUAUGCGCGUGCCGUGGCGCCGCAUCUUCACCUCGAUGCCCGUGUGGGCCAUCGGGUUGACGACGUUCGGGCGCAUCUGGGUGCACUACACGUUCAUCAUGUCCGGGCCGGAGUACAUGCAGAAGAUCUUCUGCUUCGACAUCCAGCAGAACGGGCUGCUGUCCGGUGCACCCUUCCUCUGCUCGUACCUCUCGUCGGUGCUGUUCUGCUACGUGGCCGACCUGCUGAUGGACCACAAGACGCUGUCGCUCACGAACGUACGCAAGCUGUUCACCGCUCUAUCGCAGAUCGUGCCGGGCGUACUGGUGCUUCUCGUCGGAUACCUCGGCUACCAGAUCGUGACGGUGCUGGUGCUGUGGUUUGUGGCCGUUACCUUCAUCACCGCGUCGUACGCCGGGGCCAUGGCGAACAUCGUGGACAUUGCACCGAACCUGGCCGGACCGGUGCUCGCAUUUGCCCAGACCAUCCACAUGACGGCCUCCUUCUUGCAGCCGCUCGUUACCGGCUUCAUGGUGACGGAUUCGCAAAACCUAACGCAAUGGUUGCACGUGUUCGGUGUCUCGUCGGUGGUCGCAAUAAGCACGUACGUAAUCUACCAGGUGUUCGGUACGGCGGACAUUCAGUCUUGGAACUACCCGGUCGCCGAUCCGGAAGUGACGUCGUCGGACGAUUCGGCCGUCAUUGCCAACCAGCCGAUGAUCAAGGUGGUACCGGGUCUAAAGUUUGACGACGAUGACGACGAGGAGGACAACUGAAGUGCACGGGGGAACAUAACGGGUUUGAACUGGUUGUCUCGAUGCUUUGGUAACUCGACAGAUAGGAUAGGUCAAGUUUGCCGUUUUGGUUGUGGGUUUUGAAGAUUAUGAAUUGAUUAUACGAGGAAAGGACAUCGGAGAAUCGAGGCAAUGCCAAAAGACAAUCUUCGUUGGUUGUGGAUCAAUCUAGUAACGAUCGAAGAUCAACGAAGCACACGAUAGAAUCCGCGUGUGUAUGUCCAUCGAAACGACAAGAUGUGUGCAGAUGUGUGGACAGGUACAGCAAAGAAACGAAACUGGUUGAAAAAAGCGGUGGUAGGAAAGAUAAGUAAUAUCGUAAGAACACAAAAAUAUGUAUGAGAUGAUCCAAACAUAACCUUAACCCUUUAGAAACCGCUGCCGGCAGUGCAUUCUCUCACGUUAAAAAAGGAUGCCGCGGAACGGUUUAGUGAAAAUUCCAUUAACGAUUCUAAAACGACCAGUUGUACUAUUUCUCGGCCGUUCAGAAGAACUACAGGUAUGAGUUCUUUUGGUAGAGACGGGAGAACAAUCUUUUGUCGAUAUCGGCUCACGUUAAUUAGACACUAAGAAACCUGCCACGGCCUCCUACAAUAGAAUUAAAGACUCGACUAAACAAAUCAUCUCAAAGAUCGGGUUCGGCGUCAUUCGCGGAAUAACGUUUGGACAAAUCUGUCCAAUAUAGGAAUAAACAGGAUCAGCAACUAAUGCUUAUUCAGGAGCUUAUGGUAAAACGUAGGGGAAGAGAAAAUCGUCGAAAUAAGUACGAUUCUGAAAAAAAUACUACACAUUCGAGCGCCUACCUAUGAAAGGCAUAAAACAAUAGAUUUAACACGGUUGCUGUUGCCUCGUAGAAGCAACAUCUCGGUAUUGGGAACACACUAUCUUUCAGUCUUGUUAUUCGCUGAAGUGAAAUUACACCAGCCGAGCGAUAUAAUAUAAACAUAUAUAUUAUUAGCAUGUAAAUGUAUGACAUUGCCAUUGACGUUGGAAAGUAGAAGGAUUAGUUUUUACAGUUCGUACAAACUACUUAAUUUGCGCUACGAUAAAAUUGGUGCCGUUUCUAACUAAGAAGGCCAUGAGCUUGGGCAUGGGUUUUUUCUCCGUUCUUUUUUGUUUUGGUUAGUAGGCUUGGACUUAGUUUUGAAGUGUUUUGUUUCGCUUUAAUUUGUUUUAGUUUUACGUUAUAUAUUUUUUUUUGGUUUACGAUGUUCGAUUAUUAGCACCAGACAGCAUUAAUAGUCCCUAAUAAUUCAAGAGUGCACUUAUGUAUAAAAAACAACCUUUACAAACUAGUGGAGCGGCAAUUGAUGGCACUCGUACGCCAUAGAACGCAAUUGAAUGUACGUUAUAGUUAAUAUGUUACGAAUUGUUACCACUUUUUGCGAGCAAACUCGCGCAUCCCAGUUGAAGCAGUGACUACAGACAGAGGAACGGAAAUGGAUGAUAGCACCCCGUUGUUGGAACACGCGAAGAUGGAGCAUUGGAUUUGUAUCUUUUUAUUUGAGAAAAGCGAAAGGAAAGGCUACCUAUUGAGCACGGCGAAUAGUGGAAUCGUAAAAGGGCAAUCGAUCGUUUAUGAAGAAUAUGCUACUCGUUUCAAACCAACCUUGGAUCACCGGACCGUUGUUUCCGUUCAUCGGAAACGCUUGUUCCCCGACUAUGCGCAAAACUAUCGGAAGACUACGUGCCUAACAAAAUGGGGGAAGGAAUUUGCUGGAGGGAAAAAAAUGCCCUGGGGUAAAACGGAUGCAAACCUGCUCCAAAAUAACACACAUUCGAUCGUACGGAAACAUCUAAACAACACAUUCAGAAGGAACUUUGCCACUGUAGGAUGUAAGAGGCGGGUAGGUAAGUUCGUGGUAAUCCGUGAAAUUAUUGUGAUCUCAGGCGUGAGUUUCCGUUUUGUAGAUACAGCUCUGGAAUGUUUCAACUGCAGAAAUUUAACAUUUUAUUUACCUCAUAACCCACAAUACGGUAGCGAUAACGUUCGUAAAACAAAUAACAUUUUAAAAAUGGCAAGAACUGUAGAAACAAAAGAGUGGACGGAUUCGUUGGGGAAAAGUUACGAUGAUUGUACAACCGGUUUAAGGGUGAUGUAUCUUCUUGAGAAUGGAAAAAAUAUAUAUAUAGACUCAAAGAAUCCUA